CACGAAGCUCCCUCAUACAUGCUCGUUCGGCGACGGUGCCCGGCCGACGUCAACGGAACGUCGCGACCCGACGCUGCGGUUACGCGCGUCCCGCGAGCGUGGUGGCUGGAGAGCGACUCGACCAGGGUGGUGCGGCGGGUAAUCACGACCGCUGUGGUUAUUCCAGGUACGUCGUUCCAGCGUGACAGUCGCGCGAUCAGCAGUGGUGAAGCGGCGAGGAGGAGAAGGAAGCAGCUCGGCGCUCCCUUCGCGCUCCUCGGCGCGCGGGCCGCCUCCGCGGGACCACCGCGGGAGCCCUUUGUCCCCGCGGCGUCCGCGACAUCGCAUCUCGUCGCAUCGCGUUGCGUCAUUCGCCCUCGCGGCGCCAUUUUCGAUCAUUCGAGAUCGAGCAGCGUGACGCUAGCCGCCGAGAGCGAGAGCGGCGACGGUAGGACGUGACUCCAGCGAGCGCGCGCGUCAAGCGCCGCGCACCCCGUCCCUCCGCUUCCGCCCGACGUCCUAGCCGUUCGCGCCACGCAACGUGCCUGUCAAGAGUGUGCAUCGUUUACGGAUCACGGGCGGAUUGUAUUUACAUAUAAAUGGCGGCGGACGAAAGAUGGUACUUCACGAGAGAGCAGCUUGCAAACACGCCGAGCAGAAGAUCCGGCAUCGACGCGGACAAGGAGCUGAGCUAUCGGCAGCAAGCGGCCAAUUUCAUCCAGGACAUGGGACAACGUCUCGUUGUAUCGCAAUUAUGCAUAAACACCGCCAUUGUGUACAUGCACCGGUUCUACGUGUUCCACUCGCUGGCACAGUUUCACAGGAAUGCCAUUGCAGUGGCUGCGCUCUUUCUAGCAGCAAAAGUGGAAGAACAACCGAGGAAGCUAGAACACGUUAUCAAAAUGGCAUACAUGUGUCUCCACAGAGAACAAGCCCCACCUGACAGUAGGUCUGAGCAAUUUCUCGAACAAGCGCAAGAUCUGGUCUUCAACGAGAACGUCCUCCUGCAGACGUUGGGAUUCGAUGUUGCCAUUGACCAUCCGCACACACACGUUGUUAGAUGUUGUCAACUAGUAAAAGAAUGGAAUGUUUCUAUUUCAGCAAGCAAGGAUUUAGCCCAGACAUCAUACUUCAUGGCAUCUAACAGUCUACACUUAACUACAAUGUGUCUACAGUAUAAACCAACCGUUGUCGCCUGUUUUUGCAUACACCUCGCAUGUAAAUGGUCUAAUUGGGAGAUACCACAGAGUGUUGAAGGAAAACAGUGGUUUUGGUACGUAGACAAAUCCGUAACUGCAAGCCUCCUCCAAGAACUUACAGACGAAUUUCUUCAUAUAUUCGACAAGUGCCCAUCGAGAUUAAAACGAAAAAUCAUGAGCAUCUCCGCGAAUCAGAGUCCAAGCAUGCAUCAUCCGAGUCUCCCAAAUUCGCCAUUCGAUACCGAGCCGCGUAGAAUACAAUCUCCAGCAACAUUGGACGGUGCCGCUGCAGCCGUUGUUGCACAUUUUAGAGGCUCCCAUCACAUGGAUGACGUCAGCCAUUCGAGCCGUUCUCAUCACACGGUGGAAGGUGUCGCUCAUUCGAGUCGCUCUCAUCACGUAGCGGAAGGCACCUCGGGUGCCUCCGCCGUCGCCUCUGCUCAUUCGAGCCGCUCUCACCACGGGUCGGAUAGUGCCGCUUCUACCUCCAGCUCCUCCGUUACUGCCCAUUCAAGUCGCUCUCAUCACACGACGGACGGCGCCAGCCAUUCGAGUCGUUCUCAUCACGCGACAGACAGCGCGGCCUCUGCCGCCCAUUCGAGUCGUACGCAUCACGUGGACAGCGCCGCCGCAGUCGCUGUCCAUUCGAGUCGCUCGCAUCACGGGCAGCAGGAGAAGCAGGAUGAGAAGAAAACCGGGGCUAUCGCAGGACCAUCGAGAACAACCGCGAUAGAUUUCCGAGAGUAUCGGGAGCGAGAGAAGAGGGAUCGGGAGCGUACUCUGGAGCGGGAGAAGGCAGCCGCCGCUAUCCUGACGAGCCAUCUCGGUGAUCCUAACAAGCCCCACCAUUCGCAUCAUCAUAAACAAAUGUCGAGCGCAAGUAUGCCGAGCAAACACCAGAUGCCCUCUAUGCAAAAGGGCACUGGCGCCCUUCAUCAUAAUCAUCAUCAUCGGCCGGACAUGAAAGUCGGUCAACCGGUGCCGCAAAGACACUCGGCUGGCAGUCAACUUAAUCGUGAGCCCAAUAGGCAACGAUUGCCGAGAGAGCACAAUGCCGGUAUGGCCAGCACAAGUGCUGGUGUAGCACACUCCUCGCAUCAUGCCAAUUUAGAUAGUUCCUCGUCCGAAUCUAUACCACAUAGGUCGGACAGCGGCGCCGGGCAAGAUUCCGCGUCCUCGGCGCAUGGUAGUUUGCAGGAGAAGAGUAAUAAUCACAGCGGACAUAGACUGAACGCGCUCGAUGGCAAGCAUCAGGCGCACGACAAGAGGUUGUACCGCGGGGAGGACCCGAGGCUCAAGUCCGCAAAGUAUCUAGAUAUGAACAGAAUUGAGAAUCAACGGCGGAAAGCGGAGACGCUGGAGCAGAGAAGCGAGGAAGUGCGGAAACUGAUCGAGAAGCCGUUACCGCCGCCGAAACAGGCGGAUAUACCAUAUUUCAUGCAUGCGCAGCAGAAACAGCAGGCGCACCAUGCCAAGUACAAUCAGCAGCAGCAGCAGCAGCAGGAGAAAGGCAGUUCAUUCGUGAGUGAUACGAAGCAUGCACCGACUGCCAGCCAGAACGCGCUUCCGCAGGGCACGUCGCCAGGCGCCUCGUCGUCGCAGAAGACCGCGUCCGCUAAGGUGUACAGCCAGCACACUGCGCAGGGUGUAUCCCAGAUUCUGAAGGAUAUCAUCAAAAAUGGCAAUUCUCAGUCUUGUCUGAGUACACUGAACAACGUGGAUGAUACGAAGUCGGAGAAGCGUUCGCGAUCGACAGCGCACGAGGAAUUCGCCGAGAGGAAUUCCGUCGACGUUCUACAGGGCAAUUUGCAUACGCCACCUAGCAAGCACAGAUCGCUGUUCAGUCCGGAGACGCCGAUUGUGCCCAGAGAACCGCACGUGCAAGGCGCAAAGCCUAAGUCGAAACAGAAGACGCCACCCUCCGCAGCCGCGAAGCUGAAAGAACGCGUGUCGCCGUUCGUGAGCUCUCCUACUAUGCAAGACGCGUUAACGAUGAAACGACCGUCCAAUGAUGCGCAUAAGAGGACCCGUGCAUCGAACAUCAGCGAGAGUGAACAUUCGAUGAAGGUGAUAAAACAGGAAAUCAAGACAGAAAUCAAGACGGAAAUUAAGACAGAAAUCAAGACGGAGGAUGCAGCCAGUUUGGAGGCGAUGAAGAUGCUCGGCCGCGUGCCCGACUUGAUUCAACCCCUCCGCGACAAUCCGUCAUCGUCGAACGGCAGGAACAGCAGCGCGUCAUCCGUCAUUAACGACCUGAAACCGCCGGAGCUCAUCAAACCAUUUGAGUCGGAUCAGCUUCGUUUCAACGCGAUGUCACAGCACAAAGCAUCAUCGAUAAAUGUGAACGCACUGACUAAUGGCAUGGACCUUAACGUGGUGGUGAAGCAUGAAUUCCCGGAACAUCGUGUGAAACGGGAACCUGUGGACCAUUGUAUAAAGAAAGAGCUAUUGGAACACAGAACCCCGGAACUGACUCAUACCCAGUCGCAGAUAAAAGUCGAGUACACGUCGCCGAUGAAGUCCGCGCAGAGUAUAAGCGCGUUGCUCCAGGAGACACUGCCGCCGAUGCCGUCGCUGUUGCAGGGACUGCAACAACCUGGCCAAUCGUCUACCCAACGGGUGCACCAGGAACAAUUGCAGCACCAGCACCAGCAGCAUCAGCUACAGUCGAUUCAGCAUUCGUUGAUGGAUCACCAAUUGCCAGUGACGACUCAAUGUUUAUCGAUGACUAGCGACAGUUUCACGCCGAUAGCCUCGACCGUUGAUAUCAGUGUUCUCUCCGACAGUAUAUCAAUGACACUACCAAGCAACAGUAACAUGAUGGAGUUGGCAGCGCCAGCAGCCACCGUGGUAGCAGCUGUUCCUCCAGUCGAGGAGAAGCGGUCGGAGCAUCAUAAGAGUGAGAAAAAGAAAAAGAAGGAGAAACACAAGCAUAAAGAUAAAGAGAAGACUAAAGACAAGCAUAAGCACAAACAUAAGGAUAAGGACAAGGAGAAGCAUCGUGAGAAAAAAGAUAAGGAGAAAAGCGAGGAGACGCCAGCGGCGGCGCCCAUAAAAAUCACGAUUCCCAAGGACAAACUGAACCUGGGGACGGAAGCGUCGUCGUCUACUGUGACCGGCGGAGGAGUCGGCUCGCUGGACAAAAAUAUAUCGCCGCAGGGCACGGGUCUGAAAAUCAAGAUCCCCAAAGAACGGCUCAAGGGGAGCGAUAGCGUGCCCAGUUUGCCAGCGCUGCCACCAUUGGUGCAGGGUCCGCUAAAGAUCAAGAUCCGCACCGAUAUUAUCGCGAGGAGUUCCGCGUCGACGCCGCUGCCGCCGCUGAUGCCGCCGCCGUCGAUGUCAUCAACGUCAUCAACGUCGUCGUCGAACGGUUCGAGCGGAUCCUCGCACAUGCAGCUCCUUUCCGGCGAGCCAUCCGCGAACGAAACGACGAGCCGGAAGCGCGAGCGAGCCGAGACGAUCGGCGACAGCUCGGGCAGCCUCCCGCUCGCGAAGAAGCAAGCGCUGACGAUACCAGCGACGAGUGGGUACGGCCAGAGCCAUCGACCUGGGGAACGGCAGAACGGCAGGCACUAUAACACCAGCAGUAAUAAUAAGGUACGUGGUAGAGGCGUCCGUCAGCAUCACGGCGGUCGCGGUCCACCACCACAUCACGCAGUUGCCGGUCAGCGCGGUAAUGCUGGUGGUCACUACCAGCGGGAGAUUUACGGUAACGGCCGCGGUAGCCGCGGUCAUCAGCAUUAUCCUCCCCACCAGUUCCACCAUCCCCCGACCGUUCGCGGCGACGUCGGCGGGUUUCCGCGUGACCAGGGCGCGGAGUCUUAUUUUUAUGCUAAUUAUCCGACAUCAAUGUUUAAUACGCCCGCUGGUUACGUGUACGACCCCUCCUAUCAACAGUACUAUCAGCAAUUUCAACAAUCUCAGUACUCGAUGUACCCGGCGGGAAGUAAUCUGAUAAUGACGCCGGACGGCGCCAUCAACACGUCGGUGCCACCGCCGUCGUUGCUCUCAAAUCACCUCUAUCAGAAUCAAAGCGUCAUUCACUCUCAGUCGGCAGCGUCCACCCGGCAGGAAGAUACGCAAUUGUUGCCCCCACCGCCUCUUCAACCGCCACCGUCGCCUCCUCCCCUGCCGAGUGGGCCGCCACCACCGCCGCCUCCACCGCCACCUCCUCCGUCAAUGUCAGAAUGAUGAGACGUCUCACUUUAUAUGUAUAUAUGUAUAUAUUGUAUAUACACACGUGUCUGCCUUAAAAUUCUGCGUGAAACGUCUAAGAAGCCAGGGUGAGCCAACCUACGGAUUAUUCUUGGCUAACAUUUUCGUUCGAUGAUUAUGAUUUUGUGUCAUCAAUAACUGAUAAUUUGCCAGAGCGUUCAAAUCGUAACAUUGAAUGGAAACGUUUACCAAGACUAAUCCGUGUAGGACUCUAGCGUCCUACAAGAUACAGAAUUUUAAGACUGAUAGGUGAUUAGUCAAUCCGCAAUGCUCGGUUUCGGCGUCAUGAUCCCUCUUGCACAUCUGUGCAUCAGAUAUUGUAUACGGGAUCUACAAUUCAAAACGGAUACAUGUACAGACGACGAGGGCAACAAUUGCGUAUCUUCCUGUCGAGCGAACGCAACCGACUGAGAGUGAAUUACGUUUCGAUUUCGAUCUAGAUAGAAGUGAUUUUUGGAACAACGCUGAUUCAGGACGGUUCUAUAGAGGAAUGUUUAUGACGAGAUACUCUCAGUGGGUUGUCACUUCCUUCCGAGGUUGAAUAAAACCAACGGAUAUUCUGACUGGAAUUGAACUCGAAUCUUCUACUCGUUGGAGCAGCGCAUAUCUCUGCACUGUCGCCACAAUAUAUUCUGGCGAUCGUGGUGUACGUGCGCUGCUCUAAUAAGACGAGGAUCCAAGUUUAAAUCCAAUCAAAACAUCGUUGGUUUUUAUUCGGUCAUAAAUAUCAUUUGAACGAUAUCCAAACGAUGAUCAAAUAUUGUCAUCCUGCCACGCAUAUCCCUUUAGGGGUAUAGCCCUCCAGAUUAGAGAUUUCCUUCGGCAAGGUUAGCAACAUACCGAAGAUGAAGCAAAACCAAAUGCUGAGUACCGGAAACGAACUGGAUAAAACAGGCACACUAAUAUACGAGCAGGAAGAAGAUAUAUCGUGGUCGCUACCAGCGGGAGAUUUAUAGUGACGGUUGCGUUCAUCGGCAUUCAUUCCCAUCAGUUUCACCACCCCUCGUGGCCAUUCGCGGCGACGUAGACAGGUAUACGAGGGAGAUCAGGGCACGGGUUCUUAUUUUUUAUGCUAAUUACCCGGCAUCAGUGUUUAACACGUACGGGGGCACGUGUACGAUUCUGUACAUGUCAGCAUUUCAAUGUAUAUAUUUGAUCACCGUUUGGAUAUCGCGUUCUUUCUUUCCCUCCACUCUUCUUUCUCUUUGUUUCCUUCUUCUUUUUUCCCUUCUGUAGUAGUUCUGUCUCAAAUAAAGUGCUCUGGAAGCGAUUAAUUUUGGAUUCGUAUAUCGCGUUCGAAAAUCUGUACAUAUGAAUAUGAGAGUGUAAUACAGUCUGUAUAAUUAAUCAAACUUAUUGGAGGAUUUGUGAUUAAAAGGAGACCGUAUAUCUAAUAUAUUCCUCCAACAAUAUAAAAUUCUGUUUAUGUAAAUAUAUAAUAUUUAUCUGUCGCAUGAACUCAGACUGUGGACAUGAUAAAUUAUCUUUGUCACUUUUGAAAUUAGUAUAUAUUUUUUAUACAAAUAUAUAAUGAAAAUAUACAUUUUUUAAUAUGAUUGUACACAUAUAUACAUGUAUCUCUUUCACUUGGAUUGUUGAAAUCCAUCGCAAGACUUUAAUCGUUCUCCAAGCCAUACAAACACAUGCUAUUAAUUUUGAAUCUUUCUCUUCGAUUUUGCGAAACAGUUUAGUAGAAUAGCAGCAUGACGCCGUGCCGUUUAUCCUUUCUCACCUGACUGCUUCGAUCGUUUCUUCUUUCCAUACAUAUAAUACCCACUGUAGAGAAUCUUAGUUGACCGUGUGACAUCUCGUUCUAGUGUUUUGAGUCUGUCGUAGUGAAGCGAGUAUAUAGGUUCGGUAAUGCAAUCCGAAUGCCUAGACACUCGCAUGAAAACAUGUGCAAAUGCAAAGUACCGAUGGUAUAUUGAUAUGGAUAAAUUGUGCUAUGUUCGAUUAAAUGCAUAGGAUCGAUCUCUUAAAUCUGAAAAGAAGUUAAAUUUAAGAGAUCGAUCCAUGCUAUAACGAUUAAAUUUUUUAACUAUUGAUAUUAUGACAAUGCAACGUGUCGACGAUAUUAUUUGCAAAUAUUUAUUUCCUUUUAAUUUCUCUUUUCAAAAUUAGUCUCCCCACUUGUAGCCAGCAUGAUCUACGUACUGUAAGAGUUUGCUCUAGAAUACACCUGUUCUUGCUUGCUACUACUUUCCUUUUUAUACACAGUAC